AAACGAAACUUCGUUAUCAAUAAAGGCUGGACUUGCAGGCAGCUGGACACAGGCCAUCUGCUGGAUACAGGAUGGCUUCGGCUUCACACACACCAAAAGUUGGAGAUCUGAUUGAGAUUUUUGUCGUUGGCUUUCAACACUGGGCCGUGUAUGUGGGAAAUGACUACGUGGUCCAUGUAGUUCCUGCAGGAGUUCGUGUAUCCAGUAUCAUGUGUGUGUUGGCUAAAAAAGCCAUAGUGAAGAAGGAACUGCUGUCUGAGGUGGCUGGGAAGGACGAGUACCGGGUCAAUAACAAGCAUGACAACAAGUACCCACCACUGCCUUCCAACAAGAUUGUCCAGCUGGCCAUGGAGAAGGUGGGCAGGGAGGUACACUACUCACUGACCCACAACAACUGCGAGCACUUCGUGAAUAAGCUACGCUAUGGGAUCUCCCGCAGCGACCAGGUCAUGAGUGUGGUCAAAGCGAUAACAGAUGCAACAAGACUGCCUAUUGUCGGCCCCUUGGUGGUCCUAGGGCCCAGAAGCUGGAAGAAAAGCACUAAAUCCAAGGCCUUGCCCUCACCGCGAGGCCCGUUAUCAUGAAAGAUUUCAAGAUUGUUGAACUGAAAUUUUAAGAUUUUUUCUCCAAAAUUACUUAAACUUUAUUUUUACUUGUUUU